CGACGAUCUCGAGAGCUCUUCGAUACCUCCAAUGGUCUCCUUCUCGACCCUUCAAAAACCCUUCUCUCUCCUCCUCCUAUCUCUCUCUUUCUCUCUCUCUCUCUCUCUUCGCGUGAUUGACUCCAUCGACUCUGCCUGAGGAAGAGAGAGAAGAGUAUGGCUUCGCUCUCCUCCCCGAAAUGCCCCUCCUCUUCCCACCAUGCCCCUGCGCCCACCUCCUUCACCGGGAACCGUCGAUUUGCGCCUUCUCCUGCGUAUCUAUCGCUUCGGCCCCUCCCAAAACGCUAUUUUUCGAAGUGGGUCUCCUCCAAUUCCCCCAAAAUCCGCCAUUGGAAUGUAGUUUCCAUGCGAGAUGCGGCAACGGUGCCUAUGGAACCUAAGAAAGAAACCCCUUCGAAGGAGGUAGAAAAUGGUUCAAUAGAAACGGUAUCUUCGAAGGAAUAUCAAGAGUUAGCUGGUCUACGCAAUCAUGAGAAGGAUUCAACAGUUAGUAUCACCGUAGUUGGCGCAUCUGGUGACCUCGCAAAGAAGAAGAUAUUUCCCGCAUUGUUUGCUCUUUACUAUGAAGAUUGCUUGCCGGAGCAUUUCACAAUAUUUGGCUAUGCUCGGAGUAAGAUGACAGAUGCUGAAUUGAGAACCAUGGUCAGCAAAACAUUAACUUGCAGAAUAGAUAAAAGGGAGAACUGCAGCGAGAAAAUGGAGCAGUUCCUUAAAAGGUGCUUCUAUCAUUCAGGUCAAUAUGAUUCAGAGGAAUGCUUCGCAGAGCUAGACAAGAAGCUAAAAGAACAUGAGGGCUCAAGGCUUUCAAACCGCCUUUACUAUUUGUCAAUCCCUCCAAAUAUAUUCAUAGAUGUGGUAAAAUGUGCAAGCAAGUCAGCUUCGUCUACAAAUGGCUGGACUAGGGUUAUAGUCGAAAAACCUUUUGGUCGUGACUCUGAAUCUUCUGCUGCAUUAACGAGGAGCCUGAAACAGUAUUUAGAGGAGGAUCAAAUCUUCAGAAUUGACCACUAUUUGGGGAAAGAGUUGGUCGAGAAUUUAUCGGUUCUUCGCUUCUCCAAUCUUGUUUUUGAGCCUCUUUGGUCAAGGCAAUAUAUAAGGAACGUACAAUUGAUAUUCUCUGAAGAUUUUGGCACUGAAGGAAGAGGAGGGUACUUCGAUAAUUAUGGCAUUAUCAGAGACAUUAUGCAAAAUCAUCUGCUUCAAAUAUUAGCAUUAUUUGCCAUGGAAACUCCUGUUAGCUUGGAUGCAGAGGACAUCCGGAAUGAGAAGGUGAAAGUAUUGCGCUCAAUGAAGCCCUUGCAACUGGAAAAUGUGGUGGUUGGGCAGUACAAAAGCCACACAAAGGGUGGGAUUAUGUAUCCUGGAUAUACAGACGACAAGACCGUACCAAAAGAUAGCUUGACUCCAACAUUUGCAGCCGCUGCCCUUUUUAUAAAUAAUGCUCGAUGGGAUGGAGUGCCUUUUCUUAUGAAGGCCGGAAAAGCGUUGCAUACAAAACGGGCAGAGAUCAGAGUGCAGUUCAGGCAUGUUCCUGGUAAUUUGUACAAGAGGAGUUUCGGGACCGAUCUCGAUCGAGCCACAAAUGAGCUCGUCAUUCGGGUCCAACCUGAUGAGGCUAUUUAUUUGAAGAUCAACAACAAGAUCCCUGGUCUGGGGAUGAGAUUGGAUAGAAGCAACCUGAACCUUCACUAUGCUGCAAGAUACUCGAAAGAGAUUCCUGAUGCGUACGAGAGGCUCUUGCUCGACGCAAUUGAAGGGGAAAGAAGGCUCUUCAUUCGAUCUGAUGAGUUAGAUGCUGCAUGGGCGCUGUUCACUCCUCUCCUCAAAGAGCUAGAGGAGAAGAAGAUCGUUCCAGAAUUGUAUCCUUACGGGAGCCGCGGACCAGUCGGGGCCCACUAUCUCGCAGCCAAGUACAAUGUUCGAUGGGGCGAUCUUAGCUCCGAGCCCUACAAGGCUUGAUUUAUAGAUUUCACGAUUUUUCUCCUUCCCCCCCUUUAGCAGAGUGAUAUUUGCGCAGUAAAUGAAUUAGAUUAGAUGGAUGAAAUAGUGUGGAAAUAAAGUUGGAAUUCCCUUCUACAAUGAAGGACUGAUUUAGGUUUUAUGAUGCGAGUGUUUCUAUAUAUGUAUAAUUUUGUUCUUUCAUAUCAAUUGCCCAUCGAGAUCCAUUGAGGCAUUAAGUAGAACAAGCACUGUUAUUUUAGCUAAUCAUUUAGUAUUGUGGAUUCUUUACAUGGAUUAGAUUAAGCCGACUUAUUCCGAGAUAAACCGCAGAGCAGAUGCACUGUAAUUCUGGUGGAAAAGUUAUUUGAUGGUUCAUCUUGUGCAGACGACUUUCCUUA